AACCGUUCGGAAGAAAUGUUAUCCAAUCAAAUGUUAAAUGGUAUACCUGAAGUGGAUUUAGGUAUUGACGCGAAAAUAAAAAAUAUCGAAGCGACUGAGGAUGCCAAACAAAAGCUGCUGCAAGAUCAAAAGAACAAGAAAGAUGGCCCAUCACAGUUUGUGCCAACAAACAUGGCAGUGAAUUUCAUGCAACAUAAUCGAUUUAACAUUGAAGAUAGCGACCAAAAACGUCGCAAGCGCGAUUAUGUUGCCCAAAAUGCCCCACAACAGCAACAACAUUCCUAUCAGCAAGCUGGUGCGGUGAACGGCGUCAAACGCGCAACAGAUGACUACCAUUAUGAUAAAUUUAAGAAACAAUUUCGUCGUUAUUAAAAUGAUUCAGUUGGAAACAAUACAUUUUUUAAGCAAAAACCGCAACGGACUUCGAUGCUCGUAUAAAUAUGGAGGAGUACCAUUAAUUUCUUCUUGAUCCAAUGUUUGGACUAAACCAAAUUAGUAUGGGACCAUGGUACCUUGAG